GGCUGUUACAACAAGACAGUGCCACAAUGCUGAGCUCAGGCCUGCGGAUUCCCCUCCUUUCCCUCCUCCUCCUCCUGCUGUUCGCAGCGAUGGAGCUGAGCUGGUCCUUUACAGAUGAGGAAAAGAAGCAGAUCGUGGACCAGCAUAACCUGUAUCGUUCCAUGGUUUCUCCUUCGGCUGCAAACAUGCGAAAAUUGAGCUGGGAUUCAGAACUGGAAGCCUUUGCCAAAAACUACUCAACAAAAUGUACUUGGGAACAUAAUCAAGAACGUGGCUACCGAGGCGAGAAUCUUUUUGCCAUGACCGGAAACCUGGAUCUAAAGUUAGCGAUGGAAGAUUGGUAUAAGGAGUACGAGUAUUAUAAUUACAGCACAUUGGCGUGUAAAGAGGGGGAAAUGUGUGGUCAUUACACCCAGGUAGUUUGGGCCACCAGUGAGCGGGUUGGCUGUGAGACAACAUUCUGUGAAACCCUGGAACUGAUCAACGAUACUGACAUGCAUUUUUUGGUCUGCAAUUACCAGCCCCCGGGAAAUAUAAGGGGACAUAAGCCAUAUAUCGAGGGAGCUUCAUGUUCCAUGUGCCCAGAUGGCUACUUCUGCAACAACAACCUCUGUGAUGCUGAUGUAGAAGAAACUACUGUACCACCCACAGCCCCUGAGUCGGAAGCAACUACUAUCCUAACUGCAAGCCCAAGUUUUCAGUCCAUCAUAACAGUUUCAACAGCACACAUACCAGAAAGUCCCCAAACUGGCACUGAAACAGGAUCAGAACCUCCCACUACAGAUGAUCAAGGCACCACUUCAGGCUUCCCAAUUGGCACAGAAGCACAACCCAUUGUGACAGAAGGGUCGGAUGUGGAUCUUACAGUACCUGACCUGCAGACAGGCACGGAUGGGAUUGAUGAAUCCUUGAUGACCACAACCAGUGCUACGUCUUUUGUAAACUUAAUCCCAUCUUCUAUUUCUCCUGAAACAGAAACUACUGGCACAAAGCAUCCAACUUCUGCUGAUGUCUUAAUCACAACCCAAACAUCCUUGAUCAAAACUGAGCAACCUGUAACUACUCUCACAACUACAAAGACCCCCUCCACUCCCAAACUUCCAUCUGUGCCCACGACCCCCUCCGUGCCCAAGACUCCCUCCGUGCCCACGACCCCCUCCAUGCCCAAGACUCCCUCUGUGCCCAAGACUCCCUCCGUGCCCACGACCCCCUCCGUGCCCAAGACUCCCUCCAUGCCCAAGACUCCCUCCGUGCCCACGCCCCCCUCCAUGCCCAAGACUCCCUCCGUGCCCACGCCCCCCUCCUGCCCAAGACUCCCUCCGUGCCCAAGCCCCCCUCCAUGCCCAAGACUCCCUCCGUGCCCAAGCCCCCCUCCGUGCCCAAGACUCCCUCUGUGCCCAAGACUCCCUCUGUGCCCAAGCCCCCCUCUGUGCCCAAGAUUCCCUCUGUCCCUAAGCCCCCCAUCAUCCCUAAGCCUUAUUUUUUUCCUAAGCCACCUCCCAUCACUAUUAAACGCCCCAUCUCUAAAAAACCAGCACGCCAUCGUUUGAUGGCCUAUGCCAAAGCCCUACAGAGGAGCAGCAAUUCUUUCCAGUCUUCUGCAGGUAAGGCAGCCUCAACGUCUGUCUGCCUGCCCUGCCUU